AUGCCCGAGUAUCUUGUGCGGGGCGUGCCUGUCCAGUUCCCGUACGAUGCUUACGAGCAGCAGGUGUUGUAUAUGGGAAAGGUCGUACAGGCGUUGGAAGAGCGGAGGACAGCUCUUCUGGAGAGCCCCACUGGAACUGGGAAGACAUUGUGCCUGCUCUGUGCAACAUUAGCCUGGACAGAAAGAUACACAGCAAAGAACGCUGCAUACUCAUCUCAAAGGAUAGGGUACUCUGAGAAGGCCAAGGCUGCAGCAAAAGCGGUGGGGCUUGGGGACCCCACCGCACUUGCAUACAAUGCCAGGCCAUUGAUUAUUUAUGCCUCAAGAACACACAGCCAGCUGGCUCAAGUAAUGAAGGAGCUCAAGAAAACUGACUACAGGGUCAAGUCAGCCGUUCUGGGGUCUCGUUCCCAGCAGUGCAUCCACCCUGAGGUGUCUAAAUACACAGGGAAUGCUAUCAACCUGGCCUGCAGGAGACUCGUUCGGCAGCGUCGAUGUUCCUGGAAGAUGAAAACUGAACCAGGUGGCAUGGUGCAUUUGCCUGAGGAGAUAGUGGACAUUGAGGACCUGAAUCGAUUUGGGCACAAGGAACGUGUGUGCCCAUACUACCUGUCACGGAUGAUGGCAGAAAAUGCCAACAUCGUUUUCGUCCCCUACCAAUACCUUAUCGAUGAACGAAAGAGGGAGAGUCUUGGACUGUCAUGGGAAGGCUCCAUCAUAAUAUUUGAUGAGGCGCACAAUUUAGAGCAAGUCUGUGCAGGAUCAGCCAGCUUCGACCUGACAGUGGGGCAGGUAACCAGCUGCAUGGAGGAGGUGGCAAGAUGCAUUGAGAGGGCAUCCUCCGGGUCUGCCAGUCAGCCACAGAGCCUGAUGGUGAAGCAAGAAGGAGAGUCGAGCAUCGGUUUUCUGAAGCAACUUGAAUCCCUCCUUUCCGUUCUGCAGCGCAUGGCCAACGCAAUGCACUCAUGGUCGAUACCUUCACAAGGUAGAACGCUUCCGGGCAAGUACAUAUUCGAUUUCCUCAACAAGUGUGGUAUAGGGAGCCUGGUGUGGAAUAUAUACAACAAAACAUUGGGCGAUGUUGCUGAAAUGCUUUCUGAAGAGGGAUCAUCAGGUCGACACAUGGGGAAGCCAAGGAAUGGCUCAAGUGCGACAUACAUCGCGGAGAUCUUUUCACUGGCUUUCAGGACUGAAGAUCCUCCCAGCGUCAUGGCAGCCCCUUUGCACAGGGGGUACAGGGUGCACCAGUACAUUAAAAAGCUCUCAAAUGGUGACCUUCAACCCACGCUUGGCUUUUGGUGCUUCGUUCCUGGCACAACCAUGAAUGUUCUAUCUGGCCUCAAGGUUCGGAGCAUGAUUCUCACCAGUGGCACCAUCUCACCCAUGAAAUCCUUUGCAGCGGAACUCUUCCUUGAUGAGCCGCUGACAUUGGAAAACAGGCACAUCAUCAAUCCUUCACAGGUUUGUGUUGGCAUCUUGCCUCUGGGGCCCUCAGGGGUGCCUCUGAAUUUCUCCUACAAAACAAGGGACUCUCCACAAGUUAAGGACGACUUGGGCAACGCACUCGUGAAUUUCGGAAGGAUCGUUCCUGGUGGUGUGCUGGUUUUUUUCUCAUCGUAUUGGAUGAUGGAGAGUUUCAUCGACCGUUGGAAGUCCAGCAGGAAAGGUGGAAACUCUGUGUGGGAAGGCAUUCUGAGGCACAAGCAUAUUGUAGUUGAGCCGAAAGAGUCAGCUCAAUUUCAGCAGGCCUUUGAUGACUACAAAAGAAAAUUGGACAUUCCAACACACAAUGGCUGCAUGAUGUUCUCAGUUUUCCGAGGGAAGGUCAGUGAAGGGAUGGAUUUCUCAGACAACAUGGCAAGGGCUGCCAUUAUAGUGGGCGUUCCAUACCCAACUAUCACUGAUCCUAAGGUUCAGUUAAAGAGGCAGUUCCUGGAUGAUCAACCCACUGCAGCAGGUGAGAGCAAGCUCACCGGGGACAUAUGGUAUGGGCAGCAAGCUGCAAGGGCUGUCAAUCAGGCCAUCGGUCGUGUAAUUCGCCACAAAGAUGACUAUGGGGCAAUCCUAUUGUGCGAUGAACGUUUCAGAGGUGGCGGCCUGCAGAAGCAACUUUCAUUGUGGUUGCGAGACUUCAUUCGAGUCUGCCCCAAUUUUGGAUCCGCAGCAGGCACCCUGUCGAAAUUUUUCAAGGACAUGAGGGCUGCAUCUGGCCGUCACAGGAAUCCUGUCAAUGCAACAAAAGGAGUGGACACUGCACUGGAGACCACAUCGCAAUUUCGUUCUGGCAGUUUCUUUUCCUGCCAACCAAGCCAAGACAGCCACAGCCUAGCAAUACCUGCCGCAAUGGACUUGCACAACUGCUCAGACGCAUCUGCACUCGCAAUAAACCUCCCUGUGAGGACUCAACGCAGAGCUCCACCUUCAGGGUCUCUCUUGAUGGAUGCCUUGGAUGGUGAACUGGAGUUUGCAGGAGUUGAAAGACAGCUCAAAUCCAAGGAGUGCACCACGUCCACUUCGCACAGAUGUCUGGAUCCGCCUUUGGAUGUGAAGCGCAGGCAGCAAAGGGCAACAGGAGUUGAGAGCGAUGCAAAAGAGUUUUUGUCCAAACUUCAAGAGGUCCUGUCGAAGGAAGAAUACAGGCAACUGUCAGAGUUGCUGUCCAAAUAUAGGGAAAAUCGAAACACAUCUACCUUUGUGGAAUGCCUGUUCGAGCUGCUCCUUCCGAACAGGGAGCACCUGCUUGCCGACUUCACUGUUUUCCUUCCCAAGAAAGAUCGCAACUGGUACCAUGAGAAAGUGAAUGGUCUGAAGGCCAAAGAGAACAACGGCAGUGGCCUGAAGCAGGCAAAGAGGCAUUCUAAAAAAGGUCUAGAAGCGUGGAUCUUGAAAUCUUCCACAAACCAGGGGCUCACCAACAACAAGAAGCUGAAAAGGUCAAAUUGA